GCACCAUCGACGACUCUCAGCCGUCCGUUCCUCAUCACUGAUUAGAUUCGAUGCCUCCUGUAAUUCUAGGGAAAAAGAAGAUGGAAAUUUGUAAGAAGUAGAAACCCUAAGGGCUCGUCACCCUCAUCUGCCCCUGUUUACGCGGAACAUUCUCGUCCCACGCAGAUCACCUCAUCAGUAGAAGCACCAUUGCUGAUUGCUUUCGGGUUUAGACAUGGCAGACGAGAAGACGGUUGAAAUCGUCGACGAUACUGAGGCCUUCUACGAUGCCGAUCAGACGGCGGAAAUGGGCCGGAAGAUCGAGGGUUUGGAGCGGGAGAAGCUGCAGUUGGAGCGCGAGAACAAAGAAAGCAAUGAGAAAAUCAAGGAACUGACGACGGAGAUCGAGAAGUUGAAGAGAGGCGAGAAGGACACGAAGGAGAAGCUGCGGGAGAUGGAGUUGGAGAUCGAACGGAACGACGAGGGAAAAAAUGUUCUGGAAUCGGUUGCGAAUAGAGCGAUGGAGCUUGAAACUGAGGUAUCGAGGCUCCAACAAGACCUGAUAUCGGCGAUGGCCGAAGUAGAGGAGGCGAAUAACGAAGUUGCGGACCUGAAGCGUGUUUUGGGAGAGAAAGGAGCGAAAAUUGAUAGAUUGGAGAAAGAGCUUGAGAGCCUGAAGAAGGCCAAAGCUGAGAGCGAGAAGUGGGUUAGGGAAUUGGAGAGGAAGAUUGGGGUUUUGGAAGUGAAGGAAACUGAGGAGAAGAGCAAGAGAAUUAGGGUUGAGGAGGAGAUGAGGGAGAGACUUGAUGAGAAAGAGAAUGAGCUUAGUUUGUUCAAGAAGAAAAUUGAGGAAUUGGAGUCGGUCAUCACCAAGAGCGGUGUUGAAUUGGGGAAGAAAGUGAAGGAGACUCUCGAUGUCAAGGCGGCAUUGAGGGAAUCGGAGGACAAGUGCAGAGCCGUGGAACUGAAGAUGGGACAAUUGCAGAAGGAUGUGGUGGAGGCUAACAAGGUUAUUAAUGGAUUGAGGGAGAGGACUGUUGGGGCCGUUAAUGGGACUGUGGAUGAAAUGAAGGAGAUUUUGGAAGGCGGAGAGACGGGUCCAAAGGGAUUGAGCUUGCCAGUUGUUGCAGGGUCUACUGGAGCCAUUGUUGCCGUGGCGGCUGCUGCCGUCUAUGUGUUGUAUCUAAGGCCUAGGUGAUUGGAUUGCGAUGCGGCUAUAGAGAAAAAGUCCAGGCAGGUUUAAAGCUAGAGGUUAGGGGUUUAUUGAUUAAGAGCAUGUUACAAUUUUGUUAGAAAUGCUUUUUUUUUUGGCUUUUUGGUUUUUUUUAUUAUGAGCCUAUGGUUGUCAUGUUAGCUCGAUCAUUUUGGGAUGCUUUGCUGUUUAGCUUUUACUUGCUUGGUUGGAAAAAAACUUCAUAUAUAUAGUUUUGCAGAUUUAAUA